ACAAAACGUUUAGGAAGAUGCGUAUUCUUCAAAUUUGAUUACAGAUUAUUCCCAUUUCGGCCAAAAACUCUCUUUUCGACGCCGACUUCUCAGUUCUCCUCCGCGGCUCUGCCGUCUCCACCAUCUCCUAAGAACCUCUCUCCUCCCUCCUUCAUUCUCAUCUCCUCUACAAAGAUGGCUGAUUAGUUCUGUUUUACAGAGUUUUAAUUUGGAGCCCUAAAUUAGUGGUGCUGGUGUCUAUUGGGUUGUGGAUUGAACUUUUUGAUUUCUCCUGUAUCCAAUUCCCGUUUGUAGGAAGAGAAACGUUGAAAGAAAAAUCUCAACCAAUAUUUCACUCUUCCACAGCAAUCCACAGCAAUAUUUCACUCUUCAAAUAAAAAAUGUCACCCUCAAUUUGCCUCAUCAGUCCCUUCACUACACCCCCACAAACUUUCCACCGCAUUCCCCUCUUCAGACCCAUCAAACCCCCCACCGUUUCCGCUCCCCAAGAUCUCUCAAAGCCGCGCCCCGUCAGAUCCGUCGUCAGAAAUUCCGUCCACCCACCUGUUUCUGUAGCAAAACCCAGAUGGGAAAACGUGCUCUCCGCCGCAGCGAGCCUGUACCCGGCCUAUGUGACCGUUGGAGGGGUUGUUGCUUGUUUGAGACCCUCCACUUUUUCGUGGUUCGUGGAGAGAGGACCGACGUCGUAUAGCUUGUCGCUCGGGUUUAUAAUGUUGGCUAUGGGUCUGACUUUGGAGCUCAAGGACUUCUUCAGCUUGUUCAUGCAAAGGCCUCUUUCUAUACUUUUUGGGUGUGCUGCUCAGUAUACAAUUAUGCCAACUCUUGGAUUGAUAAUUAGCAAAUCCUUGGGGCUUCCUCCCUCUGUUUCAGUUGGUUUAAUAUUGCUUUCAUGUUGCCCUGGAGGUACUGCAUCCAAUGUGGUGACCUUGAUUGCUCAAGGCGAUGUUCCAUUAUCAAUUGUAAUGACUGUUUGUACCACGCUUGGAGCAGUGCUUCUUACUCCUCUUUUGACUAAAAUCCUGGCUGGCACAUACGUACCUGUUGAUGCUGUUAAGCUUUCCAUCAGCACCCUUCAGGUGGUUGUUGCUCCGAUUCUACUAGGUUCUUAUGCACAGAGUACAUUUCCUGCAGUUGUGAAAGUUGUAACACCUUUUGCUCCACUACUUGCUGUUCUAACUUCAUCGCUGCUUGCGUGCAGUGUAUUCUCAGAGACUGUUGUUCGCCUGAAAUCCUCUAUGCUUGCUUCAUCAUUAUCAUCUGAAGCAUCACCUCUUCUUCGUGCUCAAGAAAUUCUUUCUGGUGAACUUGGGGUCAUUAUACUUUCCGUGCUUUUAUUGCACUUUGCAGGAUUCUUUGUCGGGUACAUAUCGGCAGCUAUUGUUGGAUUUAAGGAGCCACAACGACGGGCAAUUUCAAUUGAGGUUGGCAUGCAAAAUUCUUCACUAGGUGUGGUUUUGGCGACUGCCCAUUUCACCUCAUCGAUGGUUGCAUUACCCGCUGCCAUGUCUGCUGUGAUUAUGAACAUUAUGGGUAGUAGUUUGGGUUUCUUUUGGCAGUUCAUCGAUCCUUCUGAUUCACAAACUUCUACCAAUGUUGAUGACAAGUGAUGGUAUGCUGAUGCAAAGGAGGGUUGUAGGAGGAUUGAGGUUGCGGUUGUAAUGGUCAAGUGUAAAUACUUGUUUUUCUUAUGGUUUGAUCUUGGACUCUUCUGAUUGUUCACUUUGAAAGAUCUUUGUAUGUAGAUCACCAAAUCUGAUUAGUGCAAAUCCCUUGGGGUUAUGCACUUACUGCUUGUUUUUUUAUUUGUUGAAGACAAAUUUGGUUAUUUCAAGCGACAAGAAA